CAUUGAUCUCCACUAGCUCAAUAUUUACCACCUAGCUAGGUUAAAGUUUUGCUUUCCCAUGUGUAUAUAAACCAAACCUUGUCCUCCAUUGAAGUACACCAAGUUGCUCACAUCAGAGAUAUAUAAUUAUAUAUAUAUAUAUAUACACAGAGAAGAUAACUACAGUUAGCUACUGAAAUGGGGUUGCUAAGAGAAGUCCUGAACUCAUCAAAACCAUACAUAGCCAUGGUUGCUCUCCAGUUUGGUUAUGCAGGAAUGUAUAUCAUAACCAUGAUCGGCAUGAAGCGAGGACUCAGUCACUGGAUUCUAGUGGUCUAUCGCCAUGCCACGGCUACUCUUGUCAUUGCUCCCUUUGCGUUUGCUUUUGAGAGGAAAAUAAGGCCAAAGAUGACACGUUCUGUUUUCCUCAAAGUUCUGCUUCUUGGUUUGCUAGAGCCGGUGAUCGAUCAAAACUUGUAUUUCUUGGGGAUGUCGAUCACAUCUGCAACAUAUGGCUCUGCGAUCGUCAAUGUCCUUCCUGCCCUCACCUUCGUACUGGCAUUAAUGUUCAGGUUGGAGAAGGUGAAUCUGAAACGUAUGCAUAGCCAAGCGAAAAUAGUUGGAACGGUGAUUACAUUGACCGGAGCAACGGUGAUGACUUUGUAUAAAGGACCAAUUGUUGACAUUCUGUGGUACUCUCAUCACGGAGCUACAACCACCCACAAGGCUGCCGCCGCUGCUGCUUCAUCGUCCGGCCAACAUUAUCUCGCCGGCACUAUUAUGAUUCUGAUUUGUACCUGCAGUUGGGCCGGAUACUUCAUCGUUCAGUCCAUUACGCUGAAAGAGUAUCCUGCAGAGUUGAGUUUAACAUCAUUAAUAUGUUUAGCUGGUACGGUAGAAGGUGGAAUUAUAGCCAUGAUCAUGGAGCGUGAUCCGAAAGCAUGGGCUCUUGGAUUCGAUUCUAGGCUUCUGGCAUCUGUUUAUUCUGGGGUAGUUUGCUCCGGGAUUGCAUACUACGUUCAAGGAGUUGUGAAUAGGAUUCGAGGUCCAGUGUUCGUGACCGCAUUCAGCCCGCUAUGCAUGAUCAUAACUGCGGUUCUUGGUGCCAUCGUUUUGUCUGAGCAAGUCCACCUUGGAAGUUUGAUAGGAGCCAUCAUCAUAGUGAUGGGUCUUUACUCGGUGGUGUGGGGUAAAAGUAAAGAUCAUCUGUUGGCAUCAGGGAAAGGAUCGGGUCAAGAAUUGCCAACAGUUGACAAAAGCCGUCUUGAGUUGGCAAACACCAUGGAUGAACCAUCCAAGGUUACAAUAAAGGAUGCAAUUCGCCCACAAGAUCCUUGAUUGAGGAUCGCUUUCUAUUUUCUAUAUAUAACUAUAUAUUGACUUGUAUUUUUGUGUGCCGAUUUAGGGUUUCCUCAAUCUAAGAGGUGAUAUUUCCUAUAACAUAUACCCUUUUGUUCAA